AUGGCUGACAACGCAAAGCCACUGAGGUAUGCCGACGUCGGCAUCAAUCUCGGAGACCCGGUCUUUCGCGGCGCGUACCACGGCAAGCAGGCACAUCCAGACGACCUGGACGAUGUGGUCCAAAGAGCCCUUGAUGCCGGGUGUACAAAGUUGAUGGUCACUGGCUCCAGUUUACAAGAAUCCCGGCACGCCGUCGAGAUUGCCAAGCGAUACCCUGGAACUUGUUAUGCUACCGUCGGCGUCCACCCCUGCUCGACUCAAGACUUUGACAGUUACCCAGGUGGCUCCGAUGCCCUGAUCCAAGAGCUACGUGCCCUCGCCCUCGAAGCAAAAGAGAGCGGCCACGCGGUUGCGUUUGGCGAAAUUGGACUGGAUUACGAUCGAUUGUUUCUGUCCCCCAAAAGUGUACAGCUCAAGUAUUUCGAACGGCAGCUCGAUCUGGCGGAGGAAUUGCAGUUGCCAUUGUUUCUCCACUCCAGAGCAUGCAGCGAUGAUUUUGAAAGAAUCAUCUCGGCUCGACUCGACAAGCUUCCCAACCGGGGGCUGGUGCACAGCUUCACCGGAACCGUACCAGAGUUGCAGUCUCUAGUCCAGCUAGGGUUUGAUAUCGGCAUCAACGGCUGCAGCAUGAAGACCGAAGAGAAUCUGGAGGCCGUCAAAGCCGUGCCGUUGGACCGACUGCAGAUCGAGACGGAUGGGCCCUGGUGCGAGAUCCGAGCAUCUCAUGCGUCAUCGCAGCAUCUCAGAGACGCGCCCGCCAUCCCGAAAGCCGUGAAGAAGGAGAAGUGGCAGAAAGGACUGAUGGUCAAAGGCCGAAAUGAGCCUGCCACCAUCGUCCAGGUUGCUCAUGUGAUUGCCAAAGUGAAAGGGGUCUCGGUGCACGAGGUGUGCGAGGUGGCAUGGAAGAACUCGACCGAGAUGUUUGGGCUGGGUGUCCUGGGGGAAGAGAGGGAGCAGCCAUAUUCCUGA